CCCGGCGCUGCCCGGUCCAGUCUACGCCACGAUUUAACCGCGAACGGGACGGUCGCCAUCUUGGUUUGUGCGUGCCGCCCCCUGUAGCGCUCGAACGAACGAACAUUUUUUUCUAUUAAGAAAAAGAGAAAAAAAAACGAUUUUGAGGAGCCGGCAUCGAUAACCGCAGCAGCAGCAGUUGGCUCCCUUUGUAGCUUUCAAACGAAAAAAAACUACCCUUUUGCCUUCGCCCUACGCACCCCCUUUCAUUAAUCUACGUGUUUCAAUAGUCGAAUCUCAUUUUUGUCGAGAAAAAACGAACUUUUUUGACGUUUCUAAGUUAUUUUUAACGAAUUCUGCACGUCGGGAUCAUGGAUUACAUCAACCAGAACGACAUCACGCAUUUUUUGGCACAGGAACUGCUCUACCAUCAGUUCAUAGCCCUCGAAGGCCUCAACUCCGGCGUCCCUACCCGCACAACCCCCACAUUAACCCCUACGACCCUCCGCAACAUCGAACAGACCUUCAUCGAGCUCCAAUCCAAACCCGAGCAACACGAGAACGAAGCCAGAUUCGUACCACCCUUGGUACACUCCAUAGGCAACAACCAGUACAUCUCAGCUUCGGACGCCAGCGACAUCUAUAGCCACCCGCCCCAAUCCAGGUCGCCGAUUUGGCAGAACAGCCUGUCACAGUCUAGUUCCGACUCGAACACCAGGUCUACGCCUCCUUUGGCCGUGAGCAACGCGAGUACCAAGACGGCAGGGCCAGGGAGGAGGAACAUGGGUGGGAGGAAACCUGCCAAGGUGACGGAUCUGUCACCUGAGGAGGAGGAGCGGAGGAGAAUUAGGAGGGAAAGGAAUAAAGCUGCGGCUGCCAGGUGUAGGAAGAGGAGAGUCGAUCACACGAAUGCUUUGAUGCAGGAGGUGGAUGAAUUAGAACACAAAAAACAGAAAUUAAUUGAUGAACGACAGCAACUUCAGAUGCUAAAAGACCAGCUAGAAUAUUUACUAGAAAGCCACCAAAGUUCGCCACAGUGUAGGAAACAGACGGAAAGUCCGCCCGAUGUGAAACCUUUUGAUCAUAUCUACUAUGAUAAAAGUAAUGAUAGAGUCAAGACGGAGGUCAUAGAGCCAAUGGACGACAUUUUUGUUUCGCCUUCACCAGCAAGAAAGGUGAUGCUUAGCUCAGCUCUACCCAUCUCCAAACCACCCAGACCCAACUCUCUAAACGUCACAUCGAACAACACAGUAACCACGUCCUCCUCCAAGCACCAGAACCCCUUGGAAAUAGCCGGAAUACCGAUUAGCACGCCCUCUACGGGCAUGAUCUUCAACUUCGAGUCCAUGAUGGGCGGGGGCACUGGGCUCACACCCGUGAGUGCCCCCCUGGUCCCUUCUUGCAGCACGCAGCAAAGAAACGCCCCUACUAGCACAGCGAGCCUCAUGAUGAUGAUGGACGCUGUGGUGUCCCCCGAUUCCCACGGGCCCCCCAAGCUAGUCAGCUUAUAAUGUUGAUAGAACCGCCAUCUGGCUUCAGGUGGCGGAACUGGGAGUUAUUAUUUGUUAUUACCGUGUUUUUUUUGUAUUUUUGAAUCGCGAUAUAGAUAUACGUUUAUAUUAAAGAAAUAUUUAGUUUAGGUGCGUGUGGGAAAUAGAAAAAAAAGAGUUAUAUAAGUGAGAGAAGGGUUAUGAGAGGUUUUAACCCACAAAAGAUGUGUUUAGAGCUGUAUAUGACAGAUUACCAGAUUACCAAACUUUUUAAAAUUGUUGCAAAUCUAACAGUUGUUUAAAAAUUGUUAUAAUCACAUAAUAUCUCAUAUUUACAAGAUAUACAUAUAUUAUGUGAUUAAUAUAUCUCAUAAAUACGAGUUCUUUAAACGAUGUAGAGAAAAUAAGACGUUUUAAACCACAGAAGAUUUGUUUUGAACCAUGUGACAGAUUGCCAUAGAUCGGGGCACUAAAUAUUGGCGCCAAAUUUCAAAUUUGAAUGACCAAGAGCUCAUAAAAAUUAUCAUUAGUAUUCCAGAUUAUUUAUUACAACUAAUUUAUAAUAAAUUACUAAAUAAGAGCUGUGUAAGUGAAGAAAAGGAAAUAAGACGUUUUAAACCACAGAAAAUAUGUUUAGAACUAUAUGAUAGAUUGUCAUAGAUUGGCGAACAGUAAAGUUCGCGCGAAUUUUCGAAAAUUUGAAUUACCAACUGCUUUUAGAAACUGUCUAUUGUAAUUAUUAAAAAAAACAGUAGUCCCUAGAUGAUAUAGAAUUUAAAUCAACUUAGGCGCGGGAAAUUUAAAAAUUAAAACAUAUUUUCUUUAUAUAAAAAGCUUUUUUUCAAUAAUACUGAUAAUUCGUUUGUUUGUCAUAUUUUUUUGUAGAAUUUGAAAUUUAAGCAGAGGCAAUAGAAAAUAUAUGUUAGGAAGGAAGAAAAACGUCAUUAUUUUUCUUUUUAUUGUGUUUUUACAGUUUUUUACGUGUAUUUUCGCCUAAAUGUAAAAAAACAUAAUACAAACUCUUAGAUGCUCAUCCCUAAUUUUCAGUAAUUAUCUAGGAUCUUUCGGGACUGUCAACAUCGUUUUAUUGACACUAAUGACAAGUCCCUGUCAUUAAAUUCCGAAUUGCGGUUUUUUUUUCUGUCAAAAAUCCUGUCUGGGUAGCCUACGAGAAUCUACAUUAAUAUUGGACUUUAUUCAAUUUUAUUUUGUUAGAAAAUCUCAAAAAUAAUAUUAGCAACUUACAUUUUGGAGUUUGAAGUUCCCAGAUAUUUUAAAAUUCCAGAUUUUUUAACAAAAAAAAGUAUGUCUAAAUAUAGAAGAAACAGGGGUAUUUUUUAAAAUCUAGGUCCGCCUUUUACCAUCUUUUUUAAUACUUUUAUAACUAAUGGCUGUGUAUAUAAUAUUUAAUAUGUAUAUUAGAACGAAAUAUCCCUUUUCCUUCUUAACUUAACCUAAAAAACUUCCCUAACCUCACUUAUAUCAGAUUUUUUUUUAUUUCCCGCCAAAAAGCGUAUUAACCAAAAAAAAAA